AUGAACCAGGAAAUCUCUUUUAGGCACCUGCUCCUGUUGCUGCAAUUGGUGCCGCUCCCAGCCAUCACUCAGGGAAAGGAAGCAAUACUGGGCAAAAAAGGGGACAUGGUGGAGCUGCCCUGCAAAGCUUCCGAGAAGAGGUACCUACUCUUCAGCUGGAAACACUCUGACCAGAUCAAGAUUCUGGGAAAUCAGGGCUCCUUCUGGAUUACAGGUUCCUCCAAGCUGAAACAUCGCGUUGAAUCAAAAAAAAACCUGUGGGACCAAGGAUCCUUUCCCCUGGUCAUCAAGAAUCUUGAGGUGGAAGACUCAGGGACGUACAUCUGUGAAGUGGAGAACAGGAAGAUCGAGGUGGAACUGCUGGUGUUCGGCCUGAUUGCCAACUCAGACACCCGCCUGCUGCAGGGGCAGAGCCUGACCCUGACCUUGGAGAGUCCCCCUGAUAGUAACCCCUCAGUGCAAUGGAAGUCUCCAGGGAAUAAACACAUCAAUGGGGUCAAGACCCUCUCAGUGUCCCAGCUGGGGUCCCAGGAAAGCGGCACCUGGACAUGCACCGUCUCCAAGGACCAGAAGACACUGGCACUGAACAUAAACAUCCUGGUGCUGGCUUUCCAGAAGGCCUCAAACACACUGUACAAGAAAGAGGGGGAGAAGGCGGAGUUCUCCUUCCCACUUACCUUUGGAGAUGAAAACCUGACUGGGGAGCUGAGGUGGCAGGCGGAGAGGGCUUCCUCCUCCCAGCUCUGGAUCAAAUUCUCCUUUGAGAACAAGAAAAUGUCUGUAAAAGAGUCCAACCAGGACCCCAAGCUCCAGAUGGCUGAGGCGCUCCCACUCAGAUUCACCCUGCCCCAGGCCUUGCCUCGGUAUGCCGGCUCUGGAACCCUGACCCUGAUUCUUCAGGAGGGGCAGUUGCAACAGGAAGUGAACCUCGUGGUGAUGAAAGUGACUCAGCUGCAGAACAAUCUGACCUGUGCGGUACUGGGGCCCACCUCCCCCAAGCUGAUGCUGAGCUUGAAACUGGAGAACCAGGAGGCAAAGGUCUCAAAGCAGGAGAAAGCGGUGUGGGUGCUGGACCCUGAAGCAGGGAUGUGGCAGUGUCUACUGAGCGAUAAGGGCCAGGUCCUGCUGGAAUCCAAGAUUGAAGUUUCGCCCACACAGUUCCCCCAGGUCCGGCCUGUGCUCCUGGCUGUUGGGCUGGGGGGCACUGCAGGCUUUCUGCUUUUCACUGGGCUCUGCAUCUUCUGCUGUAUCAGGCGCCGGCUCCGACGGCGCCAGGCAGAGCGGAUGUCUCAGAUCAAGAGGCUCCUCAGUGAGAAGAAGACCUGCCAGUGCUCCCACCGAUUCCAGAAGACAUGUAGCCUGAUAUGA